AGCCAGUUUUGUUGUUUGUGUCCGUGUCUGUUUAGUGAGUUACUGAUUAUUCAUUUCGGUUUUAAUGAAUAAAACUUAUUCAUUUUAAUCUUUGGUGCCGGCAUGGCUAAAGAGGAAAACACACAUUGGUCGGAGGUUCUGAAAAGGAGGCUGGCUGGCUUAAAAAAAGACUCGAGGAACGAAGAGGAGAAGAAAGCAGAAGAGACGGAACUUUUCACCAAGUAUUACUCGGAAUGGAGAAGCGGAGUGGAAACAGAUGAGUCCUAUAAGACCAUCCCACGGUUCUAUUAUAAGCUUCCGGCAGAAGAUGAAGUUCUGCUGCAGAAACUGAGAGAAGAAUCCAGAGCUGUCUUCCUGCAGAGAAAAAGCAGAGAGCUGCUGGAUAAUGAAGAACUUCAGAAUCUGUGGUUUCUGCUUGAUAAGCAUCAGGUCCCGCCAGUAAGUGGUGAUGAGGCGAUGAUCAACUAUGAAGCCUACCUUCAAGUAGGGGAAAAGGCCGGGCCAAAGUGCAGGAAUUUUUUUACAGCAAGAGUGUACGCCAAGCUGCUCAGCAGUGACCCAUAUGGCCGAAUAUCCAUCAUGCAGUUCUUUAACUAUGUCAUGAGGAAAGUGUGGUUGCAUCAAACCCGAAUCGGUCUGAGUCUGUAUGACGUGGCGGGACAAGGCUACCUCAGGGAGUCCGAUCUGGAGAACUAUAUCCUGGAACUGAUUCCCACUCUGCCCCAGCUAGACGGAUUGGAGAAGUCCUUUUACUCUUUCUACGUCUGCACAGCUGUUCGCAAGUUUUUUUUCUUCCUCGAUCCGCUCCGCACCGGAAAGAUUAAAAUCCAGGAUAUUUUGGCCUGCAGUUUCCUGGAUGACUUGUUAGAGUUGAGAGAUGAGGAGUUAUCUAAAGAAAGCCAGGAGUCCAACUGGUUCUCAGCUCCGUCGGCUCUCAGAGUCUAUGGCCAGUACCUGAACCUGGACAAAGAUCAUAACGGUAUGCUGAGCAAAGAAGAACUGUCCCGCUAUGGCACGGCCACCCUCACUUCAGUAUUCCUGGACCGGGUGUUUCAGGAAUGUCUCACCUAUGAUGGAGAAAUGGACUAUAAGACCUAUCUGGACUUUGUACUGGCUCUGGAAAAUCGGAAGGAGCCUGCAGCACUGCAGUAUAUUUUUAAACUUCUGGAUAUGGAGAAUCAAGGAUACCUCAACGUCUUCUCCCUGAACUACUUUUUUAGGUCCAUUCAGGAGCAGAUGAAGCUGCACAGUCAGGAGCCUGUUUCCUUCCAGGAUGUGAAGGAUGAAAUCUUUGACAUGGUGAAGCCUAAAGACCCCUACAAGAUCACUCUCCAGGAUUUGGUGAACAGCUGCCAGGGAGACACAGUGGUCAGCAUCCUGAUCGACCUCAACGGAUUCUGGACCUACGAAAACAGAGAGGUGCUGGUUGCCAACGACACCGACGGCAGCAAUAUGGUUGACGUUGACGACACUUGAAGAGAAUCUUGACAUAUACUGGCGGCAGCAGAACUGCUACACCUCUUUUAUUUUUUUAUGGAGACUGGUUUACAGAGAAGAGGGUUGUGUAAAAAAGACGAAAAAAUCAUUUGUAUAAAGUUAUUCUCAAAUCACACUCAGUUCAGUUGUGUUUAGUGUCCUCAUCCAGGUUGAUUACGUAAACCACCUUUUUUUUGAACUGCUGAAACAUUACCAGUGGUUUUGCUUAUUUAUUAUUUUCAUAUUAAGCUCAGUGGUGAAAAGUACUGAUCAGAUCAGAAGUUUCUAUUCCCCCCUCAAUCACAUUAACGUCAAAAUAACUCUGGUGUUUUAAUAAUGCACUUUCAUCAUGAUUUUAUUACCAGUGCUGUAAACAUUCCUCUCAAGAUUUUGCUUCAUAUUGUUAUGAUGGAUCAAUUGCUGCAUGUCGGUGAUGGGAAUUGCUCUAAUGGACUGAGAAGCAGUGAGUAUGACCCAUAGUGACCUUACUGAGUUUGAGCUUAAUGGUUGGGUGCUUUAUCCUGCGGGAAGAAGCCACUAGGAAGCUAAAGUCUGGUUUAAAGCAGGAGUUUGCAACCUAUGGCUCACAAAGCAAAAAAAAUAUGUUUUUGAUUAUGGAUCCUUUAAGAAAUUGUCAUUUUAGGAGUUUUUCCUUAAGUUGUUCUGCAAAAUUUGCUCUUAAUAUCUACAACAGGCUUUUAAAAGUAAACAGCUUCAAACUAUGCUUUCAAUUUUUCUUCAUUUUUCUAUUUCUUUUGUUAUGGAGGAUUUGUUUUGCUUGAAGUCUAAAAAUGGAAAUAAAUUCUGAUGCUCAGUGUGUA